CAAUCCUGAUAAAUAACUGAGCUCCAACCCAAAACUGGGAAAACCGAGUUUUCUGUGCUAACAGCACGCUUCGUUAAAAAAAGAAAAAAAAAACAUGGAGCAAGCUUCCACCAUUGAUCAAAACGAACAACAACAUGAAGACAGCGACUCAACGUAUGCCGACUUUCUUAACGCAGUAAGGAACGGGACUGAAGUGCAAGUGAGACAUUUUUUGUCACAACUAAAAAGUACAAACACCACCGUUAGAGAAAUAAACGAAAAUGGAGAGGAAGAUGUGGGUGAGAGACCAUCUUACAGACAGAAGCUUCUUAAUGCUCUCGCAGAAAAAAACACUGGUGAGGUAUGGAGCCUUAUCGCAGAAGGUAAUGAAGAAGAGAUAAAGACUCUAGAAACGCUUAACAGUAUCUGCGAAACUGUUGCGGAACACGAGCGUCUGAGGGAAGCUGGUCUUUUCAGCUGCAAGCUGGGCAAACUUCAGAGCCAAAUAAGAUGCAACGGUCCAUGUGGAUGUGGCCGAAGCGGACGUGAACGGGAAGGAGAGAAUUACCAAACACAACUGGAACGCGAAGAGGAACAACAGUGGAUAGACAUACUUUCCGAUCCACUGUAUAUCUGCUUGAAUUGGUUAUGGACGACCAACCCAAACGGUGGAUCACCGACCUCUCCUAAUCAACAUGGAACAAAGAGGGAAGACGUCAUUGAAGGUGCACUGCACGAUGCUAAUCUCUUGGAGAAAAUUGCUCUGUACGAGCAUCAUUACAGCCGAUACGAGUACACGAGGCGAGCAGAAGCAUAUGAAAAAUUUGCCAUUGAUGUUGUUGAAGGAAGUACUUGGGACCAACUCCUUCAGAUAAUGGAUGACAAGGGAACUGGAUGUCUUUUAACGAAAAAGCCAAGUGAUUUUAACCAGAGUCUGAGUCUACUCAAGACUGCUGCUGAUAAAGAAAGAAAGCUGGUAUGUAUGGCUUUAUUACUUAUAUGCCCUUCCAAAAUUCAACGUUCGUUUGCGUUUCUUAGUUUUCAUUUGACUUUUGUUGUCGCAGAUUCCCAGGACAGUUUCAGUAGACAACUUUGGAGUUUAGAAAUGUUAUUUCUGGUUUUCAGAUGACGACGUCAUCAAAAUUCAUAACUAAAGAAUUAUAGGUCCUCUUUCAUGAAGCAAUUAGAGCAGUUGAAAACUAAUAUUUAUACAAAUUUGCGCUUUGAAAGGACUCUUUGUUUUGUUAUAGAGUGCGUUUGCAUAAUUCCUAAGCAUGACGCAGGGUGUAUGUAAUCAUACAUAACAAAAACGGCUAACUUUUUUGUUUUGUCUAUAGGCUGAGUAUUGCAUAUUUAGCCGUUGUCUAAACACCGACUCGGUACUCUUUACAUGACAGCCGAAGGAGCUGUCAUGUAGAUUAAAAAAGUGACUUGUUUCAGUUCUUGUAUUAGAAAACUAUUACUUUAAUGUUUGUGAGUUCCUCGAGAAAUGAAUAGACCUAUUGGCUAUUAAACUCAAUGUUGUACCCAAUUCAAAUCUCUCGUGAUUAAAGUUCUUUGUGUCUUGUAUUUGGGUUAUGAUGUGGCAUUCUCAUUUAAAUGAUAUGAAAAUUCCUGAAACAAGACGUUUUAUUCCCAAAGGGUCUGAAUUGGGUACAACACUGAGUUAGCCGAAUAGGUCUAUUCACGCUUUCGUAACAAAUCUCAGUAACAGAUGUUUCUGUUGGUUUGCCGUUUCUGCAUUGGUGCCCAUGCGGUUCGGCACACGACGUCUCCAUACAAGUCUCCAUAAAUUUGGGUAAGACAUUUCGCAGGAUAUCUCGCAUAUUAAAAACUGCUCUGACCUUAAUGUUUGCGAGGGUCUUUGCAUGCAUAUUUACCUUCUUUCAUUUCUCAUAUUCUGGACUUAAUCUCAAUAGGCCAUUUUACAGUUAUGGAUGGAAGCGAGGCUGAGGGUGACCUUGUUUUGAUACAAACCUUCUUUGCUUUGUUAUGGAAAUUGUUCUUGAAAAAUACUGGUUAGCAUGUAGCCUGCGUAGCUGGCGGUAUUGUGUGGGUGCGAGAUUAACGUUUUGGCGGCGGAGCCGUGUUCCAAAAAAAAGGAGUAGGGACGAGGCGGUUGAAAUACCGCCUGCCAGAAAACCCCGGUAUUUUGAAUGGUUCGCACACCAGUGUGCGGGGAAACGGAUUGGUCGACGGCCAUACAUAUGUCAAUCAUGUUAGAUGAGCCUUCGCGUAUAUUUCCCAAUUUAGGGAGCAGAUGGUGAUUGUGUUUUCCGCUUUAGAAAGAGCAUAAUUGAUGACCAAAUUCCCGAAAUGGCGUCUUUAAAAUUCACAGCGCUGGAAUUGUCUUAAUUUAGCCGUAAAAAACAAAGGUCAAAGAAAAUUAAAACAUUUUACAACUGCAUCUGAGAUCAAAUCCUAUCAGGAACACCUACAGAAGAAUAAACCACCGGAAAUGGUUACUCAGUAUGCAUGUAACAAACCAGCUUCAUUACCUUUUAAUGUUAAGCCUAGUGUUGCAAAAAAAGAUUAUAUGCCACAAAAACAUGAAAUCUAUGGGAUUUUUUUACAGUUUUUCGAAAGUUUUGCGGAAAACUUUAUGAAAAAUAUUCUACAAGAAAUGAACCUAGAAUGGAUUUAGUUUGAGACAGCAACAAUUACAAGUGAUUAUGUACUACAUAAGCACUUGAGCAUUUCAUAAGCUCAGUUGCAGGCAAAACGAAUGCACAUACCCCGCAAAAACGAACAAUACUUUUAUUUUUCUAAAAGAUACAGAGAUUGUUCCCAAGCUACUAUUUUGAAGCGACUCUUGAGUAACAGCUCCUGUGUUCCACAAUCGAUUUCUUGUUAUUUAUCUAUAUUUGAUGACAGGAGUGAUCCAUUCAAAACAGAGAAUGACCAUCACUCCAUAAAUCAAACUGACGAUGUUGUUCACUUUCAAAGCCUGUUUAAACAUAAGACAAGACGUUUGUUAAAGGGGUGCAUAUAAUGCUGUUUCCUCAAAAAAUAAAUGCUACUGCUAGAGGACCCAAAUGAGCUGGGAUGCGACAACAAACAUUACACAAAUGGAUGGAGUGAAUUUGUCUGUUAUUAAUGUUUCUGUUGGCAGUUUUUUACUGUACCCAGAUGAACCCCUUAUGUAAGUUGUACAUCAUGGAAGAAUUAUAUAGCAUAAACUGAUGCAUUAAACAAGAAUGUGGUUCAAUACAGAGGAGAAGCUGUUCUCAUUCAACAUCAUUUGUGAAUAAAAUGUCUCACAAAUUAGCAUAUCAACAAAUGUAGUAUCCACAAAUGGUAUCAUUUACGAAUAAGUGCAAUUUUUUUGCAACAGAAGCCAGGAUUUAUUUAAAAGGUGUAUUGAUAACGUUUCAUUUCGUGCUAUUUUGGGGUUGGGGAGUUAGGCUAGAUUUUCUUUACAACGCCAAAGUGUUAUAUCUAUUUGCAUAAUAAAAUGUAUACAAACAGUGUACCAUCAAAAUAAGGUGGAAAAAGUCAGAAUUCAAACCGAUUGCUGUAAUUUUUUUCCUUUGUAUAACUAAAUGAUAGAAUAUUCUUAUUUUCAAAACACAACCUUACUGGCAUCAUUAUAUUGAUUUAAAUUUGUAGUUGAAGUGCGUGUAUUUUAUUUCUCAACGAAGACGUACCGGUGAAAAAAGCUAAAAUUACUACAGAAGGCGAUUUUUCACAGCCUUCAUCAAAGCGCCAUUUAUUCGGGGAAGUAUUCUUAGUUUCAUCAGUCAUUAACUUAAUUUGGGGAGAAAGGCAAGAUUUCGAGAUAAACAAGCCAGCGAAAGGGUGAAAAACAGUUUCACGGCAGAAUGGACACUUAAUUAACCACUGUAUUCCUGAAACGAUAAAGUUCGAUUUUAAAUUUACACUAUUGAGAAGAAUUAAGUGUCUGUAGGAUAAUUGUUUAACGAAAAAUUAGCAUACUGACCUUUUCCUCCUGCUCAAAAAAUGUGCACGAAAUGUUAGGUCGUAAGAACAUUCAGCCGCCAGCUUGUCUUCGAUGCACUGUUUUACGAAAGGAAAGACUGUCCUCUCAAGGGCGACAGCGAGGCUACAAUAAACUCACUUUCAUCCUAGAAAUACCACGAUACCAUGUUUGUGGAACGUAGCACCCAAUACACGUCAUUCAGCUCCAGAAAACAGCCUGCAAAUGCUGGUACUGAACGCAAACAAUUCACAUAAAAUGCCUCUGUGGCACUUCAACAGCCCAUAUUGACGCAUGCGCAUACAAAAUGCCCUCCUGUUUUGUCGCAGAUUCCUCGGACAGUUUAACAAGCUAGACAAGUUUGGAGUUUACAAAUGCGAUAGCCUGCGUAUAGCUGUUGUUUUUUUGAUGUGUUUUUCGUUUAAGGUUCGCAUUUAUACGGCCGCGUGCGAGGUCCGAGAUAAAGCGACGGGGGAGGAUAGCGAGGGAGCUGAGGGAGAGAGAGAGAAAGUUUGGCUUACCCGUAAUAAUUUACUUGUGGUCCUAAGUCCUUAUGAGUAGUUUUGGAAGCGAUUUCAAUCAGAUCAAUGACAGACAAGUAUUAUGACUUACCAGGGUGAUUAAAAUAAUUAAGCAAAACCUCGCCCAAUUCCACUGUUUGAAAAGCAAGCCUUCGUCCUGAAUAUCCGCGUACAUUAGAGCGGGUGUCCGGCCAAUUAAACGAUGAACUAGCGUUGAAUGGAUAGCGGACGUCGCGUUGUAAAAAGAGCCUACAAUUGCAAGAGAACUUUCCCCGCUAUUACAAGAGCGUCAGCUACAUGAUGUAUAUCAGUGAACUAGGAGACCUAGGCGAUAAAAAGAUCAAGCCCUCACACUAUUAUUGCUAACUCUCUCAUAGUAAUCGUCUGAUUGAGUUUGCAAACAUCGAGAAGACUACACUUGAGUGAUCGACUGCACUGAGUAAAACCUCAUUACGCUGCCAUGACAACUCGAUUUCAACAAAUUCUUUGUCAAAUUUUUAUUUCUAUCAUUGUGCCACUUUGGAAGCCUUUCAUAAUGAUGAAUUUAAGGAAUAAUGAGGCAACAGCAACAACUAGACAAAACAGUUUCAGGGAAUUAACAUAAACAGUUCUAGCAAUUAUGAAACAAAUAGUGUUAAUUAAAUCGUUGAACAUUAUUUAAAUAGCAUUUUUUACCUUUCUAUAUUUUGUUUUCUUUAUUCAGACCACGUGAUUUUCUCCAGGAAAUUUGCCUUUUGUCUUCUUCUUUUGUCAUGAAAUAUGCAUAAAUAUGCUCGUGAAUGCACGUCCCUAGGACGACAUUUGAAAAAAACAGUUCCUUGGGUAGUCUGAAAUGUCAUACGUCUCUCCCUCCCUAACCCAUGGAUGGAUCUUUUUCCCCCCGCAUCCCCCACGGGUUAGGGGUUGGAGACGUAUGACAUUUCAGAUUAUUCUCUAGGGCACCAUCACGUGCUCUGAAUUGAGAUACAAAACAUUCAAGCUAAAUAUAUCUAUUGCCUUUCUAUUCUCAGUUUGUGGCGAGUCCCAAAUGUCAGCGAAUCCUUGAUGAGAUCAUUUACUAUCAAUGGCCACAUUGGCAGGAUGUGGGGAGAGUAACCAAAUUUGCAUGGUCCAUUGUUCAACUCCUCAUGGUCGCUAUCUCAUGUUUUGUUUACAUUCCACUUCGACUUCUGCGAAAGUCUCCUUGUUUUGACGAAGGUGACGGGUGCUGGUGGAACUUCAGGGAGAUCUACGAGCAUCCCUUCUCCAAGUUUGUCAACCACAGUACUUGGUACAUGGUUUUCCUGGUGUUUGUAAUUCUGAACUCGAUGCAACAAUCCUUUGCAAUAAGGUUGAUGGGUCUUGAGUGGAUGGGUAUGUCACUUUAUUUUUAUUUUUUGAUAGGUGAUGCUUAAGGUGUAAGGAAUAUUUAUUUUUUUUAUUUCGUUAUGCCACGAAGGCUACCUAUCUUAACCUCCAUAUCGGUAAACUAUUAAUUGCCUGGUUUAGUCCUCCUACUAGUCCGUGUUCACCCCUGUCUUAUAUGCAAAUCAAGUCCCGUUUUGCCUCCAGUGUUAACCUCAUUUUGCAUCUAAUUAUCCUACAUUACGGCCGUUUAUACGAGAGAAAAUAAGCCGCGGCUUACAUAAAAUGCGAAAGGAACCAUUUAUACGAGUACGGCUUAUAUUAGGCCCCGUCCACACGUAUCCGGAGAUUUUUGUAUCCGCAAAUUUUUUUAUGCGGAUACACCUAGCGUCCACACGUGUCCGCCGUAUACGCUCGGUGUAUCCGGAGAUUUCUGUAUACGCUCUCCACAUUGGACAUUUCUGUAUACGCUGUGUAUCCGGAUACGUGUGGACGCUCGUAUCCGUAUAUUUUUGUAUACGCUCAGCUCAGGCUCAGCUUUGUUUGUAAUGCGCAUGCUCUGUUGACUAAUCCUUUGAGAUGUCCGGAUACGAAUCGGAUACGUAUGGACGGUCGUAUACGAUUCGUAUACGCUACGUGUGGACGCAGAUAUUUUUAUAUCCGCAUAAAAAAAUUUGCGGAUAAAAAAUCUUCGGAUACGUGUGGAUGGGGCCUUAGACGCGAACGGCUCGUGAAAAUGGUUCACGGCUUAGUUCGCGGCCAGGUUGUACUUUUAAUAACCGUAGAUUUAAAAUCAAAAUCGGAGAACUUACGCUUGCCGAGGUAACGCAGACAGCGAGCUGCCCCGCAAUCUCAAGCUCGCUGCAUAUUAGCAGGCUUUGUUUUUCUUCCGGGGCACUCCACACAUUUCUUUUUUUACAUGAAUCUCUGUCCGCCAUUUUCCACUUUUAUUUGUACAUGUAAACAAAACUCAUUUUCCCACCACUGCAACGCGCGUCUCUCGGCCGUGAAGGUCUGGGAUAUAAUUGAAAACAGAGCGUGCGCAGCAGUCGUUCAAGGCUUCAGCAAGCCGCGGCUUGGAUAAGCCCAUACCAAAACCCCUCGGCCAGUAUAAGCCGCGGCUUACGGGCUGUUCGCAGCUUAUUUUCUCUCAUAUAAACGGCCCUUUGAGACCCGACACUACACACGCCAUCAAAAAUAAUAAACGAAACCAUUCAAGAGAUUAAGACCAGAAUCUGGCGAGGGAAAAAAUUUAUGUGCGAAUAGGAUUCAGUUCUUUUUUUUACUUUGAUUUGUCUGUGAAAUACUCCGAGAAAUGUUUUACCCAAUAUCCCAAUUCAAAUGAACUUUCUAUGGAGACGCCAUGUUGACACCAGCCGGAUAACAGCGGAAAAAUCUUUCUCGCUACUCGAGAAACUCAUAAAGAUUAAAGUGAUUCUUAUUCUAACACAAUCUAGGACAGUUCGGAGAGUAGACUGAUCCCAGAAAGUAUAAUAUAUAGAUUUAGCCAGGGCUAAAAGCGAAGCUCUUGUUAAUAAAACUUGUAAACAAAAAAAAUCAAAUCGUCUAAUGCUAAACGGGGAGGCCAAUGGAAAUGGCAUCAAUAGAUCUAAUUAGCAAAAAAACAAAUUGCACGUGCAGCACACUUUUUUUUCUAAUUAGCAAAACAACAAAAUUUGCACGUGCAGCACGCUUUUCGUCAGCUUUGCCGUUGUUUUGCACAACUACAACGCUGUUUUGUAGGACUAAACGUCAAACUUCCUAGUUGCACAUUAUUUUUAUGGAGGAAUUCUUACCCAAUAUUUUGUCUCCUGUGUUGAUGUUCGCUUUUAUUUUUCACUGCCGCUCAGUUUCACCUUGCUGGCCGCUGGCAUUUCUCAUUGUCUCACAGCCGCUUUGAAUUUUCAUGUUUUUCUUCGUACAAAAUUCUUCUCUUUUGUUCUCAGAAACUAGCUCUAGCUCAGUUUCUCUGUUAUCCACGUGAGUGUAAACAUCAAAAAUAACGUUGAAAAAGACACGACUUUGUUGUUGUUUUUUCUUUCUAAAAGUCCGGGCGGCCAUGCGAUUUCUUUCCAAUAAAACCUUGAGUUGCAUUUGGGUUGCCAUACCUGUUAACUGAAUUAUUUUACAUUGGUAUGUCUGUGGUGCGGACGGACGGUCGGGCGGGCAGGCGGGCGGUCGGUGUACGGUCACGUGAUUACCAAAUUUUCUCGGAUGGGUAGUUUACCACAUUUUUUUACCCAUGGUGCUCCGCUGCGCGCUUCGCGCGCGAGAGCUCCGCUAUAAGUCACUUUUCUCUCUGCCUCCAUUUAGAUGCUGCGUCACGCAAAGUGUGCUCUAUCUCAAAACAGAAAACCUUUUCGAACUACGAAUUUGUUGAAAUUGAAGUGUCUGGGGGCUCUAAGUCCUCAUGAACUGAAAGUAGAAAUUUAGAAAAAAUUCAUAAGUCUGAGGUUUGAUGACAUCACGUGAAAACCAGCAAUAUGUAGGACCUCUACCCAACAAUGCAGCGUUUGACCAUUGUCACAUAGACCAUAAUGCACCUGGUUUACCCCCUAAAACUUUGCAUAACCAUUGUUUUCAAUUUCUCCUGGGUUUCACGGUCGUCCCAAGAAAAUUCUAAGACAAUGGUUAUGUAAAAUUUUGAGGGGUAAACUAGUUGAAUUAUGGUCCAUGUGGAAAUGGUGAAAAUAAGGUUUGCAGGGCACUCCUCUCGAAAUUUGUGGCAAACCUGUGCAGUAGGAAAAUCCUAUUGUUAGCUAAACAGUUUUUCAUUUUCCUUUGUAUUUUGUCAAGAGAGAAUGAGCUAAGGGAUCGAGCCCCAUACACAACCCUCUUCCCACGAAAAAUAUUUUACGUAAAUCUAUUCUUGGUUCUGCGUCAUACUGCUUGGUUAUUUUAAGGACGCCACCUUAUUGGUUGGUUAGAGUGGCGUCAUGUAAUUCUAAACUUGGUGGGAAAUUCCUUUCACUGCCGAUCACUCACAGCAAGCGAUAUGACGUGCAAACUUUCGUCGACGAGUCAAAAGAUUUCUACUGAGAAAUAACUGGCCAAAGUAGCUGCCAACGAGCAAGACAAUCCUGGCUUGCGGGAGUUCAGCGGAGAAAGCGGUUCCAACUCGAUUAAAAUUGGUUAUUGUGAUCUUCGCUACAUCAGUAUAUAAACAGCCGACAAACUUUUGUAAAUGACACUUUUAAUUGAAGGCAAGGCUGAUCGGACAGCUAAGGGUUACAAAUUUAUUUGCCCAAUAUUUUUGCUAGACAAAACUAGUCUUCAUCAGCGGCUAUUAUAAAACAUAGGCACGUUAAACGUGCAUGAGCUAUUUUGAAUGAUUCAGUGUAACUUUAAUGCUUCAGUAUAACCUUACCAAGAGUGAUGAAUCUACCUUUUUCGUCCUAAAUGUGGACUGGGUUUUUGUGCGAAAUUGGAUAUUGCGGUACAUAAAAGAAAACGCGAAACGCUCAGCUGAGUCGAUCCUUAUGCUAUAUAUUCACUUUUCUCUGUCUUUCCCUGUUACAUCUGGUGCAAGUUUAACAAAUUGUUAAAGUAAAAUAAAUAUCUACCCACCAAACGUUGAUUAGAAGGAAAACUCUAAGGUUUCCUCGCAGUUUCUUAAGCCAAAAUGUGACUCGUGCAUCGUAUACCGAAUAGUAACGAAAUACCAGGAUUUUUAUCCUUGUGGGAGAUGGUUGCAUCAUCAUAAUUCACGAGGUUUUCACGUGCAAUUCUACUCGGUGAAACAGUCUUUAAGUCCGAUAACCUAUUUCUCCAUGUUUUAAAAGCUAUUACUUCUUAAAAGACAAGAGCCUUUUUUAAGGCAUUGGUUACAAAACGAAACAGGUCUUCAUAUGUUCAAGUCACUAUUAUUAUUGUGAAAAACCAAUCUGCAUGAGAUGCACAGUCACACAGCUGGCACCUGAAAUUGUUGGACUUUGCCCCCUUUCGUGGUUCGUGCGCACACCGCUCGCUAUAAAGAAUUGACCGAAACUGGAAACCGCGCAUCAAAAGUCUAAGGCAUCCAACCUGAUUUGUGUUCGCACAACGAAAUAUUCAUCGCAAGUAUUAGACGUUAAGAAGAGGAAAUUGAGUUUGAAACUCUCAAGAAAAAAGCAAAUGCGCUGUUUCCGAACGAGAAAAAUUCCUGGAAAAAGAAAAAAAAUACCUCGCACAUUUGUAUAAACAAUUGAAGCCAGCCGCUUAUUUAAGGUUUCGUAUUUCGCGCGCGAUAACUUUUGCCUUUGGCUUUCACGGUGUGUCAGUAUUAAAUAUCCGUUAGUUUAAAUGAGGCUAUCAGCAGUAAGAAAAUCUCGAUCUUUAAUCUAAAAGUGAAAUUUUGACUCCAAUGCUGUAAUCCGUCUUAAAGGAAAUUUAUUCUUCAAUUAUGAGGGGAACGAGUUGAUCAAAAAACAUGUCAACAACUUAAACCUUUAGCGUGCUAAUUACUAUAACGGCAGUUAAACUUCAAAUGUUUGGAGGCGAAACAUGUCACGUUCACGUCAGAAAGGAGACCACGCGGGUUACGGAAACAACAAACAAAAAUAACCUUGACAUCGCAAGCGCGAACUUCAAACAGAUGUCAAAUAAUUAUUAUGGGGCACUGGAACUCGCUCUCUUAGCUCGUUCUCUCUUGAUGUUGUAUAAAAGGCUUGGGAGACGCAUUUACGUACAUUUGUUUGUACGAAGCUGUGUUUUUCAUAUUUAGGAGUAGUUUCUGCACUAACACUGAGUUCCAUAGAAACUAAGGACGCCUAACUGGCAAUACUGAAAAAAAAAAAAAAUGAACAUGACGGCCGUGAAACAGCCUCUUUAAAGAUAUCAUCUUCUUUGAACAGUUAAGAAUGUAGGAUAUGUAAAUAUUUAGGUCUACCGUCCCCACCCCCCAUGUUUGUAUAAUCGAGCAUGCGCUGUGACUGGUAUGAUGAUUAGAAUACACAUGUGUGCACGGUUAGCAAUGGUGUGUGUUAGUGGUUAAAUCUGAAUCAAUUCUUGGUUAAAUACGUAAAGACACUACACUUAGUCCACUGUAUGUUCCCUACCAAACCUGCCUAUUCAGCGGAAAAAGCUUAGAAUUUACAUGAAUCAAACUAAUCCCGAUCAGUCAUUAUGAAUUUCUCGUUUCUUUUCAGAUUACGUGACAUUUUUCUUUGCCUUGGGUUUUCUGAUGCAGGAAUUCUUAGAGGCAAAAAGACAGGGAUCCUAUGUUUAUAUGUCAAAAUGGUGGAAUAUUGUGGACAUGAUUAUCAUCUUUACCUUUCUUGUGAGUUAUAUAAUGUGGUUGAUCUCUUGGGGGCGUUUUGGAAAAUGGGAUCCACGGAAAGAAGUUUUUGUAAUAGCCGAUGUGUUGUAUGCAAGUGCCACGGUGGUGGCCUUCUUUCACUUAACGCACAUUUUCCAGGUAAGUUAACAAAUUGAAAGAGGCUAAUUGUUGCGAACAUUUUGCUGUUUUGGGUCAAGUUCUGUGCUGAAGUCAUUACUUAGCGCUCUACCCUUAUAAAAAAUGCUCCCGUAGAGCUAUGUAGUAGAUUUCAAACAAAUGUCAUCAACGAGCACUAACCAAAAUAUUUUUUGGUGAUUUUGCAGAUAUAGCAUUAAACCUUGAAAAAAAUGGCCAACUUUUUCAAGUUUAAAUCCAUGUCCAUCCUUGCCAUCCGUUGAUACAGACGACAUGAAAUAGUUUCAGUACCUAAAUAUAGUCUUGAAUGAAAAACCUGGACCAUUACUUUUGGAAUACAAUUGGCUUUUUAAGAAGAUAGCAAGUAGCAUGACAUAGCCCUUUAAAUCCAAGAAAAGACCAUAAAAGCGAUGUUAUCUGCUGACAAAUCCUAGCAUGUAGCAUAUUAAGUUGAUAGCCAAUGUUUUAAGCGGUAAUGGUCUAAUUAUGUACGUAAUUACUGAUGAGAGACAAAGUUUACUCGUACUGAAACUUUUCUCUGCCUGAUCUGUAUCAUUCCUUGUGUAAAAAAGUUAACCCGUCAAAGCUCCGAGCCCGUUGAUUGCUUGUUUUCACGCGAUGAUUUUAUAUUGUUCUGUUAUUCAAACAUGGUGCACCGAUAAAAGCAAAACUGUGAUUGGAGGAGUCACCAUACCGCAAACGUGGCGCGAACACCUUCCAGAAAAUGGGAGCUGAAUUCUAAUUGGCUAAUCGCGGGAAAGGAAUGUGGUUCAAUUUUCAGCAGCCGUUAGUGUGGAGGAGAGUUGCGUGACGACACACUAAAAACGGUUGUGUAGCAGACUAAUAAUCUCCGAGAGAAGUAAAAAAUUCUUUAUGUUUGAAAUCGACUAAAACGAAAAUAUAUUUCAAACCUUAAAUUUUCAAAAGCCUUGAUAGAUUAUUUAAUGAAAACGUUAUAAAUGACUCAAAUUAUUCUUAAGUUGCGUCAGAAUGUUGCCUAAUAUCAUAUUUUGAUGCUAGAAAAUUUUGAUGUAUUUUCGUUCUUGCGAUCUUGAAAACUAAUUCAUUUUCUCACCACCUGUCUAAGUGCAACUUCAUUCAAAAUUUGGACUUUUAGCGCUUUUUUGUAUAUCUCUGAAACGACUCGAGCCAAUUUUUAUAAAAUCUCUUCACAUAAUCUUCAUAAUGUAUAUAAUAAGGUCUGAAACUUUCAUUAAGAUUGAUUCACUGCAACACCUUGAAAUUUCAAGACAAACCUAUUCUACUUCCCGGUCAAAAUUCUGCGUUACAACAUUCACUGUUUUGACGUUAUGCUAAUUUUCCCAAAAUAAUGCGCACUAUACAUACCUCCAUGACUAGUACAUUUUAGUUUGAAUUUAUCGCAUCUUUUGAAUCUAAAACAUUGACAAUACUCACACUGAACUGUCUAGAUCUGGUCUAAAUCGCGCAAAACUAGGCGUUUAUCAGUUUCAUAGUUUUUUGUUUAUUGUUGUCGUAAUAAUAUCGAUCUUACUAAAACCCACAUUUUGACAGAUUUCAAUCGAUAGUCAAUCAUUGGUGAAAAUUUAUAGCGAUCAGACAUGGAUAAAAUUACUUUUAAAUCGAUUGAAAAGUAUCGGUAUGGCCUCUGAAAAACUGUAUCGAAAUACCCUAAGUCAUUCAAUUUUAACGAUUUCACGAACUGAGACUUCGGCGAAUUAAGGUAUUCAAAACUUUUAAGACGACAAUGGAACAUUUAUGUGAUAAAACGGGAGCCGCCCAUGGUCAAAAUAAUAAACGUCAUUAGCUUCAUUAAAUCAAAAUAAUACAACGUUCUGUAUCUUAAUUUUGGACGAAACAAACGAAACUCAAUGCUGUCCUCACUCGUAUUGUGCACGAGACAUCCGAUACACGUCAUAGUCAACCGUCAAAUAGCAUAUUGUGUGUGAAACUGACUGUCGUAUAGACUGACCUUGAAUUUUGAACAGCAUUAUUGUUGUAACUUUAAGGUUGCCGUGCGGUCAUGUCGUAAAUGUAUGCGCGCGCAAGUCAUAUGGUAGAGACUGUAUCUGAACAUUCUCGUCCCCAGAGCGUGUCGUUUCUUGGUCACGUGGUCGGGAAACGAGGGGCUCUGGAAGCAGCCGUUACCGGAUGCCAGAAAGUUUCUGACAUCCGGUCGCACAUGUGCAAAAGUUGCAAAUAUCACUGCUCAUGUUCAUAACGGAUUUUUAUCCCUCACCGCUCCACUGGGGGAAAAUUUUACUUCCUGAGCUCUUUCCAGAUAGCGGCUUCUUUGGGAUGUUUUGAAAAUGCACCACUUCACUCAACUUGGAUUCACCGAUAAUUUGGAGUUAAAAGAAGAAGACGGUCACAGAAACCGGCUGAACACACUGUUGGUUUGCAGAACUGAGACAAUUAACCGGCAGACUAUCGUCUGAGUUAUAUGAGUUUUUUUUUUCAAUACGUUUGGCGAACAAACACUGGGAAAGUAAUAUCGCGAAGAUCGAUAUAAUGCAGGAAAAAGUCAAUCUAAAAAGGUAUCUUGUUCCAUGUCCUGCAACUGCUAUCUUACUUAUGAACACUUUUUGAAACGAAACCAUUCAUGUGUUGUGUUAGGAGAGUAAAAUAUAUAUUUCAUUUCACUCGAUCGAGCUGGUUGUGUUUUUUCCUAUGUUUAUUUCCUUUUGUGGUGUCGCAUGUCGUGGUUUUAAUUUUGCCCAUGAGCUUUAGCGUACAACACGUGUUAGACAACCGAAGGAUUUACGUCGAAACAAAUCAAUAUUAAUCAUUUUACCGACCCAGGGUAAAAAACAUAUAUGACAAGGUUUGUCCAGGAGAAGUGACAGUCUAAUACACCUCCAUGGGCUUCCAUGCAUGGCAACUUUAUACAGUACUGAGUGAAUCAAAUUCCAGUUCAGUUUUCUCUGUAUAUCAACCCUAACUGAAACUUGAACCCGAGUUUCCUAACCCUAAUCAUAAAACUUCUGUGUCAUUUGGUGUUUCUGGGGGCCAUUCGGUGUUCUGCUAAAAGGGUUUAUCCUCCUAAAGAUUUCAGGUAUCAUCUCCUAACUAAAAAUCAUCAUCAGUAACUCAAAGAGAGAGUUUUCAAUAAUUUUGAUGUCAGACUCAGAAAAUCAUUAAUACCUGAAAAAUGUUGAUUGUGUAGUGACCAUCACCAUAAUGUUCAGUAGACAUGCAUGACCAAACCUCAAAACCACAAAGUGAUUACCACUGCUGUUUGAGGUUUUGUUUUCUCACCCAAUAUUAGCUUUUUCUUUGCAACGCCAUAGCAUCCUUAAUAUUUGUGGUAUUCAUGGUUUUGUAACUUUCACACUAUAGGUGACCUCUUGUCACCUCUUUUGUAGGGGUAUAGACAGUUAUAUGCACUUUUGAUUACCGGUUACUAAUAAAAAGUGUUCCCAGGACACUAGUUUAGUAGGAAGAGAUGGUAAUUAUGCAAAUGCAUCCAGAGAGAAACCUGUUUAAGUACCACUUAUGAGCUCAUUGGUUACACAUCUUUGGAAGGGGUUUUAAGGGUAUUUGUUUUCUUAGGGGAGGGCUUAUAACCAGGGGGGCAUUUUUUAUUGCUUACUGGUAAAUGGGCCUAUAACUGGCGGAUUUGUAUGUGGGGGUAGGAGGCUUAGAGAAGUAGUUUAUGGUAACCUGUUCCAGACAUUCAGGCAUUGGGGAAUGCACAAAGAGAAUAAAACAAGAAAAAACCCUGCAUUUUUUAUUGCUCUACUUUUCACCAUCUGUUUAUCAUAAGCUCUAUAGCUCGUCCUUUGUUAUCUGGAACAGUGAAAUGUAGACUAAUAUACACACUGUAUAUAGACUCUAUGGUUUAAGAGAUCCCCCCCCCUCCUCCUAAGAAGUACACUUUGAGUAACACACAACCCGAAAGCAUUUUCUUAGGUAGCUUCUCUCAUCAUGUUUUGAGAGUGGAGUGCAAGACCUGGUUUGAAAUUGGGGAUAGAAUUUUGGAUCAGGCCCGAAAUAGGAUAGUGAAAAUCACAUAGGUUAGUCAAAAUUUGGCAAGGCAAGAACCAUACUGCAGGGCCAACCUGAACUGCUUUUUGGGGGGGUAGUGCCCCACCCCCAAUCUGUACCCUCUGCAGUUGUAUUGAAACUGAAUGUGGUGCUUUAUAGGGUUAAAAUACAAUAUCUCCUCACAGCUUUUGCUAAUGUAUAAUUGUUUAGUUCCCAUAAAAUUCAUUAUUUUGUGUUAUAACAUGAGGGUUUCCAACUAAGAAAAAUUUUUACCGGGAAUGAAUCAAUGACGAGUGGAAGCAAGUUUUAAUUUGGCCCAUCAUUAUUUGUCAAUAACCAAGUAAACUAAGAUGCCCUGUGCCUCAGUAAGCCAAUGCUGUGUGCAAAGCUCAAGGAGGGGUGGAGAGCAGGUGUGGUUAGGAUUAGCGAGUAAACUAUUGAUAUUACUAUUGCUCAAGCUAUUAUGUUACCCACCCUAUUAAAGGUGACAUACUGCAAAAACCACAUGUUAUCAUCAACAACCACUUGCCCCAGUAUGGUGCAAAGUAGACUCCCUUAGGAUGUUCUUCAUUUAUUAUUUUAUUUAUCAGCACCUCAGUUGUCCAUAACAUUGUCAAUAAAUCUAGACCGGUUUUGUUUUUCAAACAGUUAAGUUUUCUCUUAAACCAAAAUGUUGAGAGCCUUGUGCUACCUUAUGUAGUGAUCAGAUAUAUAACAUAAUUAUUUAUCAAAAAAAAAUUGUGCAAAUCAUAGCUCCUUCUUUGCUGUUCAUCAGAAAUAAUCAAUCCCAGAGCCCCUUGUUCAUCUCUCCCUGAAUGCUACGUGACUGGAAGCCAAGCAAGGACAGUUAGGAUGAGAAUAUUUUCUUGCAAAACAUUUGUAACAAGUCGGCCACAGAGCCUUUUAGAGCCGAAUUAUCUAAACAUGAUUUAAGCAUUAAUUAAGUGGAAGAAAACGUAAAUUGGAAAGAGUACUUGCUCUAUCAUCUUUACACAAUUAAAAAAUUGCCUUUUCCACGCAGCCCAAAAUGAUUCAUAAGCAAUUCAGUUCUGGCUUUAUGCACUGCCAUCAGUGGUCUAAUGAAAUAAAGGCAUAUAACAAAAUAUUAAUAUCUUGACCUUAGUAUAGCAAAGGAGAUGUUCUUUCAGCAGAAAAUACAAUAAAUCAAAAGCACACUGCAAUAAACUUAACGUACAUAUCAUUUCUGUAAUGUAGUCGGAGCUUGAUUUCCUUUCCCACUGUAGCACCGAAGAAUAUCCAGAGGAAUUAGAAAAACUGAUUAGGCUAAUUAAUAACCCCAUACAAGUACAGUAUCAAUCGCUUCAUUUUUACCGAGCAAGGAGCAACAGGAAGAGCUAACUAACCAUUACUCCUCCUUUCAGUUUCCCAGGAGAUAUCAAUGUGACGGUCGAGACAGGGGCAAAGUUUAGCGCACAACGAAGGCAAUAAUUUCUUUGUCAAGGCUCGUUAUAAUUAUCUUCGUAGAAACUUCUCAAACUUUACCUGCAAUUCUCUUCUUCACUGCUACUGCAUGUAAACAAAACAGGAUUGUCGCAAUCAACGAAACUCAGACACGGAUCUUAUGUUUGUAGGUCGAGAGGGCACGAGUAAAAUGUUAUGCGCAGUAGAUUAUAUUUUUAAUUUUAUUUGCGCAUUCAAUUGACUUCAGACAAUGAAAAAAAUCGUAUUUUCCAUUGCGUCCAGAGCCACUGGUCGGUUACAAAUUAAGCCGAAUGUCUCUGGGGACGAGAAUGAUAUCUGAACGCCAUCUUGAAUUAUACGUUCUUUUUAUCAUUGAAGUUCUGUUUCUUGUUUUUUCGCUUGCCUUAGUUUCUUUUCUCAACUGACACUAGCAGACUGUGUCAAGGCCCGCACGACAGCACUCACCAAAUUGGCAGAAUUUCAUAUUGUACCCACUUUUAUACCACUACAUGGGAAAUUUCUGCAAUCUGAUUGGCUUAGAGCAGCAGUAUUUCAGUUUAAUUUGAAAUACCUACAUGUAAAAAUUAGAACCCUUUUGCGGGUAGUAGUAUAAACAGUAUAGUAUGAUUUGUGCGUGAUAUUUGGCAUAAAUACCACUCGUGAUAUUUCAAAAUUGUUCCAAAAUUAAUAACAAUUUAAAUAACAAUUUCGAAAUAUCACGAAUGGUAUUUAUGCCAAAUAGCACUACAAAUCAAGCUAUUACCUAUACUAAUUUAGCGACGAUUUAACUUUAGUGACACUUAAUUUUGGUGUCGCCAAAAUUACAUGUAAUAAGGUAGGUUGCUGUGAAAACAAAUUAUUUAAAAUUUAGAUUGUGUGCCUUUUUCAAGCGCUAGUUGUUCUACGCAGUUUCAUGUAAAUAACAAAAAGAGCUUCGUAAUUAUUGGAGGAUGUAUAUUUCAUGAUGCAAAUGCUUUGAGUGCACGAAGUAAAUCUUUAGAAAUGUAAGUUUUCAAAGUAUAAUUACCAAGUAAAAAAUAAAAUCUCGGAAGGAUUGAGAAUGUUGAUGACAAAGCACGUAAAUUAGCUAUAAUUGUUGGCUUUCAUAUAACGUCACCAAAAUUCAAACUAAGGAAUUCUCAAAUCUUCCUGAGUUCAUACUUUAUAUUUAAGAACAGCUCAAAGCCAAUCUUUAUACAAAUUUUCACGAGAAAGAGGCUCAUCGUUCUGUGAUUGAGUAUACGCAUGAAUUUCCAAGCUUUCACGUGACGAGGCAUUUACAAAGCGGACGAGAGAGCCGUCAGAACAGUUUCUUGUACAAGAAAAAGAAUUACUUUCAUAUCUAUGGGCAUCAAUUUGGAAACAUUAGCAUAACGUCAAAACAGUAACGCGGAUUUUAUCGGCCGAUUCGUAGGCAAGGUUCGUCUUGAAAUUUCAAGGUGUUACAGUAAAUCAAUCUUAAUGAAAGUGUCAGGCUUAAGCAAUAGAAAACGUUUUCAGUGUUUGCAUAGCCUGAUAUAAACGCGAGAGGGGUUGGGAGAAUUCGAGACAGUGUUAUGCAAACCAAACUGUCGAGAAUUCUCUUAACCGCUCGAGUGUUCAGGCUGUGCAAACACAGGAAAAAAGUUUUCUAUUGCUUUUAUAAAAUAACUUUCCCGAGAAAAACGCAAAACUCUCUCUUAUGGCCCUGACUAAAAGAGAAAUUGUUACCAGUCACAAAAUCUUGUACACGAAGUCUGCCUCGCAUAAUCAGUUCUUGUUUUACAAAAAGAUGCUUUCCAAAAUACGGAUUUUUCUCACUUAAAAUGUCAGCUUAAGCGAAAAAAAAAUUGACACAGCUUGUUUGUAAAGAUUUUCCAAGUUUCAGCCCACGAAGGAAUGGGUAAAUAAAGUAAACUUGUCGAGUUUUGAACUCAAAAACUUUUUCAAAGUUGUGCUUGCGUGAUUAGCACACGACAAGCAAAACAUCUUGACGUCACAACCAUGUUCACAUACUCUCAUGCAAACACUCCUCUCGGCCAAUCAGAGCGCGCGUACUAUCUUAGUUAUUUUAUAAAUAAUUAUAUACAUCAUGAAUAAGGUUAUGUGAUGAGAAUUAAAAAGAACUCUGUCGAGCCGUUCUAGAGAUACUCAUAAAAGCGCUAAAAAUCAAAAUUUAGAGUAAAGUUGCUCCUAGACAGGUGGUGUGAAAACAGGUUAGUUUUCAGGAUUGCAAGAAAAAAAGUACACCAAACUUUCCUUGCAUCGAAGUAUGAGGUUAAGCUGCCUUUUGACGCUACUUAGGUAGGUUUAAUGUGAGUUAUUUAGAACCCUUUUAUUAAACAUUUUAUCACGACUAUUGAAAAUAUAAGGUUUGAAAUACAUUUACGUUUUGUUUGAAUUCAAACAUACAGAAUUUUUUACUUCUUACGGAGUUUAUUGGCUUAACACCACACUUUCGCGCAAAAUUCGGAUAUAAUUCAAUUUCAAAGUUUUUUGUUUAUUGUUGUCAUAGUGAUAUCGAUUUUACUAAAAACUACAUUUUAACAAACUUCUAUUCAAAGUCAGUCACUGCUGAAGAUUUUGUAGCGAUCUGCCAAGGACAAAAAUUACUUUUAAAACGAUUGAAAAACAUCAGUAUGGUCCCCGAAAAUCUGUAUCGAAACAUCUUAAUGAACGUUACCAAAUUGUAUAAUUAAUUAUAAGCAUAAUUUUAAGGUUUAGUAUGUCAAGUAACCUGUAAGUAUUAACACUGGAGCGCUACUUUUAGCCUUGGCAAAAUUUAUAUCUUAUACUCAUUUUGUCUGGUCCCAAAUUUUCCAGAUAGACUCUGUUUUGGGUCCUCUGCAGUUGUCCCUCUACAAGAUGCUCAAAGAUGUGGGUCGAUUUCUGUUUAUUUACCUCUUGCUUUAUCUGUCGUUCGCGACCGGCGUUGUGAAGGUGUAUUCCUUCUAUGUCACCUCACAGAUAGAAUUACAGAAGCAGAACAUGACAAGCGACCCACAGGACUCCCAUCCAUAUGACAAGUAUGUACACAUUUAAACCUUGUGUAUGUUGACCGCUUAUUAAGCGAGCUUUUUAAAAGGCGUGAAGUUGUUGUUACAAUUAAGUAUAGGUAUUUAAGGAAACCGGAGAGUCUCAAAGACAAUUCAUUAAUACGUACACUGUUCUUUCUCAAAUCAUAAAUGUGUCAGUUUUUCCAAAGGUAUAUUAUAGCCGUCAGGUGAUAGCAUGUCGUAAUUCACAGUGCUACGGUAGACGCGACUUAAUAAGCAACUUUUUGAGUGUUUUCACUGCCAUAUAGUCCACAGAAUAACGGCUUUAUGUAAGCUUAGAAUGUCGGGAUUGACGGUGCGAUAAUAUCCACGGUGUUUCAUUUCUUUAUACAGUGAAACCUCUAUUUAGCGGACCCCCAAUUAAGCGGACACCCUCUAUUAAGCGGACACUAAGCCGGGUCACGAAAUUAACGUCUUAUAUUUCCCUUUAUAAACGAACCCCUAUUUAGUGGACACUUCUAUUAAGCGGAGGCGGACACUAAAACAGAUUGUAUUUGGCAAAUUUCUGUUGUUUAAAACCUCUAUUAAGCGGACACCGGACUGAAUUGACAAUAGUAUUAUUGGAUUACGUCCUUGAAAUACGUACUGUAGUCGAUUAAUAAAGAUAAAUCAAUACAUUUAGCUGUCAAUAAACUGAGUAGGCCGAUAUCCCACCGUAUGAUUGUCAUCCGCGAUCAAAUUUCACUUAAAAGUCUUGCACAAAGUCCAGCGCCUUCUUAACAACAUGGAACUUUAUCACAGUACAAGGUAACCGUUAUAUGUUAAUCGUUAACAAACAUUGCGCAAUUUUUGCAAACCUCUAUUAAAAGGACACCCACUAUUAAGCGGACACUUGGGCAGGUCCCGUAGGGGUCCGCUUAAUAAAGGUUUCACUGUAUUCUGUUUCAACAUACGUGUAUGUUUAAUUAUGAUAAAUAACAGGCCAGGAGCCGUUUGGUAAGGACACCUCUCAUUAAUACGGAUACCCUCCCAUUAGUGCAUGCCCGUAUCAACGGGAUUUGACGUUUCCAUUUUUCUUUUCAUUCCCAGCCAUCCCAAUUCCCUAUUGGCCUUGUUUUGGUUGUUGCUGGGUCUUGUUGAAGAAGGUGAUAUCGCUGUCAAGGAUCCCAGCUUUCGUCUUACGUCUGCCUUUGGUCGUCUGUUUUUGAUGGCGUAUGUGAUCUGUACUGUGAUUGUAGCCUUGAACAUGCUGAUUGCCAUGAUGAACAACUCAUUCGAGAAGAUCAUGGUGAGAGAGUAGUUGUUUUGUUCAACCCAAACGCUAAAAGAUAAUUCUGUUUAGACAUGUCAUAACCCUAUGCAAAAAAUAAUGGGCCAUUUGCACGAUGACGUCUCUUUAGCUUUUAUGCGUGUUUUGUUUUGCCAAUACAGGUCAUUUGAUAAUAGGCAAAAGAAACUGCUUCUUUCAAAUUUCCUCUUAUUCAUGUGUAUGUGUGCGCAUAAUUUAGGAAGAGACAAAGUUCAGUCCCAUUGAGGUUUAAAUAACAAAAGCCUUAAUUUGUACAAGAAAGCAAUACCCUGAAGGAUUCUGGUAGAAGUAGUAGAAUGGCGCCAUCGUGAAAAUGGAUUAUUAAAGAGCACAGCAGAAACCCGCAUAUGAUUUAAUGGAAAGCUUCAAUCCCACAUACCUGGGAAACCGGGAUACUCCUGGAAAUUCUUGGUGGGGUGUGCCGCCCAGUUCUCCCAAUCCUGGCCCUAUUUCAGAUCAAAAAAUGUCAUUUUCACACCCGUUUAGAGACCUGGUGUCUAAGAAAUUAUAUCAUCAUUACUUAGAUUAGAAUGCCAAAUAAAAAAUUUCUUAAACCACUUACAAUUCGUAUAUUACUUUUUCUUUCUUAUGCACUUGUAAUUGAAACGACAAAUAUGUUCAUACACUGCCGUAGCUCCCUCACUGAAAAGCUAUACCUGAUUCCAGACCAAAAUGGGCAAAAUGUAUACCCCUUUUUAGACCGAAAUGGCGCAAUACCCAUACUCUUUUGGGCGGCACAUACUUAUAUGGCUUAUGUAAGAGAGGUCUUGCCACAUAUGGUUAAAACAAAAAUGAUUUCAUAAACAAAUGAAAUGAUUUCUCAUGGUCGUUCUUCAUUUAUUUGAAAAUCUAGCUAAUUAUUUUAACUAACACACCAAUGGAAAUAGAUAGAUUUGUCAUCGGAAAAUGGUGUGUUUACGUGGAGUUUAGUGAAUGUGUCUCAAAAUCCAGACCCCAAUUCUAGAAACUAGCUGAUACUCAGUGCAGAAGCUUCUGUCAUUAAAAGAAUUACUGAAGCCUUAUAUAUGGAGAGGGAAGGGGAGGUUGGAAAAAACACGAUGCUUCGCAUAUCAUCAUUUCCUUAUGUAGGACAAUGCAGAUGUUGAAUGGAAGUUUUCAAGAGCACGGAUGUGGCUGGAAUGGAUUGACAAAGGAAACACCAUACCGGCGCCUUUAAACCUAAUCUACUACACUCUUUUUGGGUUGUUUAAGUUUUUUGGCUGGUGUUUGAGAAUCUCAGUUAAGAAAUGCCCAUGUUUUAACCAGGUUUGAUUUUUUAAUUCUAUAUUGAUACCCUAUAUAAGCUGGACUACAUAAAUUAAAUACUCUCGGUUAUCGAUGUCCACUAACUAGAUUAAUCCACUCUUAAAAUUAUUGCGCAGGGGAAUUACUCACCUGGUAAAGGCCAAAGGAAAAUUUCGUUGACCCUACUUUAUACUGAUUUUUAACCUCAAAAUGUAAUCAAAACUUCCCGUUCCUAUUGCUUGCUUUUGACAACUUCUGGCCAUCCAUCUACCGUUUCAGGCCUGUCUGAUGGACUGUCCUAUAGCAUCGGCUUUGACCCAAAUUCCCUUCUAUCUUGGCGUCUACCCUGAUUUAGUCACGGUAUCUACCUUUGUACGUCUUAAGGCUAAAAUCUAGCUUGAACGUUUCUUUUAGUCACUACCUGUUGUUACGACCUUUACUGGAUAAAGACUAGACUGCCAGUUACAGUUUCAUUACUUAAUUUUUUUUUUGUCUUUUGUAGAAAGAUGAGGAGGGAAAUGGGCAGGGAGAUCGAGUAAGUGCACCUAUAGAUUGCAUUGUUGUGUUCAAAACAUGAUUUGCUCCAGUUUUCGUCUCGACUAUGAAGCAGUUUAUCUAGUGAAAUAUCUCGAGCAUCUUAAGGCGUGGCUCACUUUUUGUUAUGAACCCCAUCCGUGAGGUUUAAACUGUUUUUCUUUAGAAACCAUACUUUUUAAUUAUAAAAUCGCUAAAAUUUAUUUGGGGAAACUUUAUUUUGAUGCGUUUACUUGACUAGGAUUGAACUGAUGCUUUCACCUGAAUGGUAGCGUUUUGUAAUAUUCAAAAAAAAAAUUGGGUGUGUGGGAGGAAUGUCAAUUAAAAUUAAAACCGAACCAUGUGUAAAUGUUUGAUUUGGUUUACCUUUUAAGUAUUUCCGCGGCCGGACUGGAAAAAAAGAAGUUUUUUUUAAUUAUUAAGAAAAAAUGAAAAAUAAAAAAUGUCACGCGACCUGUUUUGCUUAUUUAUUAAUGAAAUGAAAAAAUAGUCAACCAUUCCAGCUAGAUUCAUACGAGGAACAAUAAUACAAAAACUGAACUUAGUAUCUUCUGUUGGGCAUCACGCCACCGCAAACUUCCCUUUCGUGAACGGUCGCUACCAUGUUUAAGACACUUCAAAAUUUUUUAUCUGUUAUCGAGAGUAGUCCUCUUAAAAAGAAAUACGAUCGCAUCCCAGAGUCGAACCGGGGCCUUUCGUAUUCUAAUCUUUCUCCCUUAAGUGAAUAGCAAGUGAGAUGACCCUAGCACUUUCCAUAGCUUUUGAUGUAAAUUGAACUUGGGCUUCAACGCCGCUCUUUCUAAGACUAUUGAAAAGCGGAUCAUUUGCCUUAUUAUACAAGGAACGUAACACGAGAAUUAAGGCUACCGAUUUUUCCAAGGUUAGCAAAUUUUGGAAAGGUCUGGUAAAUUUUCACAAAGUUAUGGUCAUUUCUUGGUUUUUAUUUCUUUUUGCAAUAAUGCAGUAUUCUGUGCUUGGUCUACAGUAGAAAUUUUAAGCGCUAACAAAGGAACGUUCCUGAGAUAAAUAAACUGCAAAAGCACCUGUUAACGUAGGUCACAGAAAGCAUGGGCGGUCAAGUAACCCCGAGCGAGGGCCUUACAGGCGACUGAGGCCGGCGCAAUUCGCGCAAAAAUCUCAUCUCUGCGCUUAAUUCGCGCCUUGAAAAAACUGACGUUGAGAAAACUGGACUGUUUUUCAGUCUGUGAUUGAAAGCUCUUAAGAAAUCUCAGAAUCGUCUACAGUACCAAUUUAUAGGUUGCAACUUGCUAUUCGGAUCCUUUGAAUUUAACUGCAGUGUCUUCAUGAUUGUUAUGCUUACCACCGAUUGUUAGCUUAAUUGGUUGGAUAAAAGACCUAGGUGUGGAGGGCCCGGGGGCUUGAUUCCCAAAAAGACGAACACUCAGAAUCAACCUAUCUGAGGAGCACGUGCAGCAUACUCACUGCGCUCUGAAAUGUAUUAAAACAAGUCAGUUUUGCUCUUAUAUUCGACUUAACUUUAUGCAGAAAGAUGAGACUGCACACAAGAGAGCAAGCAAUGUUUGAUGCAUGCAGUUUUUUUCAUCACGAUUCCAAUACGAUUAUGUUCAGUAACUCCCCUCUUCCGACAAACCAUAUGUAGCAAGUUGAAAAUCGCCCUUACACUGGCCUAAGCUAAGUGGUAGAUAUUCAAUUAUAUUUAACAGAAUACUCACAAAUGGUGGUUAUUAGAUUUUAUUACAGCUAAUCGUUAGAAAUUGGAAAUAGCAACUAUAUAAUUGAUUUAAAGUAUGAGGAAUUUAUAUUAGAGUGACCGACUGCUAAUUCAUAUAAUUUUUAGGCAGACCAUAUACAGAAACGAAAUGAGACAAUGACAGAUUUGAUCCUGAAAUACCUGAAUAAACACUAUUUGGAAAACAACGAAGAAGAAAGAGCUGACAGGUACCAUGAUGAAACAAAGGACGUCACAGAUGAAGCAACCAGACUCGACAAAUCACCAAAAAAUAUACAAGAAAACAUCAGUCUAUUGAAAGAAAUGGUGGAUCGCCACGCGAAAGAACUGACUGAGCUUAAUAAGAGGCUUGGCAGCUUGGCUAAGUGA